AUGGAAGAACUUGCGGCAGCACUUCAAGGAGCGGGAGAUCCUGAAAAGUGCAUUGACACAAUUGCGCAAAAUAUGCCAGAAUUUGUGAAAAAUGAUGAAUUUCUCAAUAUGCCUGUUGAACUUAUAGAUAUUAUCUUACAAAAUCCACAUAUCAAUUUUCCAGAUCCAAUGCAAACAAGUGAAUUUUUCGUAAAAAUGUUCUCCAAAGGUAAGGAUACUGCUCAAUACUUUUCAGAUCAUGUUCCAAUUGAAAUAAUGACAAAAGAAAGUAUUAUCCCUUUAAUAGAAAAAUUGGAAUCACUUGGCCUACAAUUAGAAGCUAAAAGGUUCAAACGCAUUCUAAAUCUUCAUCAAAAAAUAGAACAAAAAGAAACAGAAGUUCAAUCAGCUUUACUAGAGUUAGAAACUAUUACUAAUAAAGUUACAGAAUGUAAUAAACAUCUUUGUGAGACAAGACCGGUUCUUGUUGGAAUGGAUGACGCAAUGCGUAUCAUGAAUGACGAAUUAGAAGCCCAACAGAAGCGUUUGGCAGCUACAGAGCGUGAGAUUAUUAAAUUACAAAAGAAAUCUCUCACCUCUCGCAAAUAA